AUGCAUUACUAUGACGUUAUGCACCCCAUCAACGUUGCAUGGCUCAUGUACGAUGUAGUUUGCGUCACCGUGCGUUCCUUCAGCCCGGAGACACUUGUGCGAAAGCGGGUUAAACGCGCCCCGAAGGAGGGGAGGGAAAAAGAACAGCAACAACAGCAGCAGCAGCAGCAGCAGCAGCGGGGUCGCAGACUACAUCGAUCUAGUCAGCCUGGAAGCCGCACGGGUUCGGCAAACACGAGUCUGAACGUGUCGGCGUACACCAGCGGAGAGCUGCCGCCGCCGGUGCCCAACCGAAAUGCGAUGGACGUGUCACGAUCGCACCGUCACCGCAGUCGCAGCGGCGGUCAUUCCGAACGCGGCAAAGAAACCGACGAUAAGAAACGAUUGAGUACUUGGCGCGAUAUUGACGUCACAAGGCAGACAGUUCUUUUGACGCACGUGCUGCGUGCCACCCCUAUCACAGUUCUCCGCUUCUUCUGCCAGGUACAGACGGAUGCGGAGACAUUACCGCUGUUGGGAUUUAGAGACCUCAGUGACUCUGCACGACGGCUUUUGCAACUCAGCGCGGGCGCGGUGUUUGCGCCGGAAGUUGUGAUCCCGUUUCUCACGGCACGUUUCCUGUUGAACGUUGCUCAGCACUAUCUGAUGGAGCGCGUGUUCUUUGAGACAAAUCUGGUUGUCCGUAACCUUCGAAGCCGUCGCGCGUGGCGGAAGGCGCUUGGAUGGACAUUGAGCCUUUCUGCUCACACAAUGACGGAUCCCAUCGCGUUUAGCGUCUUGACCCCGAUUCUCCUCUUCUGCGUGCGUGAUUUAUCGCCCGUGACGGGGCCGCUGCGCUACUCACCAGCGGGGAUCAGCAAAGGCAUCGCCGUUGGGUUUGCGGGGGUUGUAUUGGAAAUGCUCGUCGUACCGGCGGCGUCGCAGUUGUGCCAGCGCGCCGUUGUGAGAAUUGUGGACGCCACGGAGUAUUUACUGUUGCGCCGCUACGCACGACGGGCGUUUGCGUCCAGUGGAGAGGCCAAGGAGGAAAUUGCAAGCAACAUGAACAGCGAGGAUGAGCGGGGGGAUCUCGCGGGCAGUUUUGCGGGGAGUUUGAACAGCAGUCGCGUGUCGAAUAGAGAGCCGGCGGCAAAGACACGAAAAGAAGAAGGAGCAGCGGCGAGGAGGCCACAUGAUGCUUCCGGCAAACACUCGCACGACGACCUCAGCAAAGUGGAAUCGGGGUCGCGGAAACUCGACGAGCACAAAAGCGAAGAGCGCCGCCGGCGUCGUCGUGAAGAGGCGGAGAAUCGAAAAAAGGCGGAUGCAGAGCACCGAGUUAUUUUGCGGGCCAUUAUUUACCGCGUUUGUUCUGCCCUUAUUUCACAGUGUUUGGUGCAACACCCAUUGACGGUUUUUGCCCACAUGUUGUAUGGCCGUGCGGUGCUCAAUGCGACGGGUCUAUUGACGUUGUACGACGAUGUCCCUGGCGUGCCACUCACGUGGAACGCAUGUCUUGAGUUUCUGCGGCGCAGCGUUCGUUUUGAUGUGGGAGCAGAGCAGAGCAGCGGUGUACUUGCGGUGGAAAUCUUACGCAGCAUUGGCGGCUUUAUUGGCUAUGAGUUUGGUAUGGUACGCAGCAGCAUCCGGUGUUUUUCCACGCGUGAUGUGGCUAUUCGUGACCUCAUCACGCGUGCCGAGGCCAAUCGCAAAAAUAGGGCCGUAAGUGGUGGUGAUAGCGGCAUUGGGGAAUCGGCCCUGGAAAGUGUAGAACUCAUGCUGUUGACGAUUGCAUCCCUGUCUCCUUUAUUCACCGCCGUGCAGUUUACGGCCAUGGAAAAGCUGCUUGGGUUCUACAUGGAUGUCUGGGUGCGCCUGCGUGGGGAAUAA